CGAUAGAUCGAGAAAGAAUAAAAGCACACCGACCCCAAUGACUUCUUCAUUGAAAAUAGCUGUCAUCCAGUUGGGAAGCUUCUCCAAUAAGAAGGAUGCAAUUACCAAUGCAGUCAACCAGAUCAGUACGGCCGUGAAGGACAGAGGAGCCAAGUUAGUCAUCCUGCCGGAGUGUUGGAAUUCGCCGUAUGACACCAAGCAGUUUGCGCAUCAUGCAGAGCAAAUUCCCAAUGGAGAAACCAGCAAGGCUCUGGCGAAGGCUGCUGCUGACAAUGGUGUUUACUUAGUGGGAGGAACGUAUCCCGAGGUAGAUGGCGGCAAAGUGUACAACACCUGUCCUGUAUGGGGACCAAAAGGGGAGUUCUUAGGAAAGUAUCGCAAAAUGCAUCUGUUCGAAAUGACCAUCCCCGGAAAAGUGAGCUUUAAUGAAAACAGUGCCUUCACGCCCGGAAACCAGUUCCUCACAUUCAACAUCGGAUCCUUGAAGAUUGGUGUAGGCAUCUGUUACGAUCAGCGCUUCGCCGAGUUUGCAGCCGCAUACCGUCAGCUCGGCUGUGAUAUGCUGAUCUAUCCGUCGGCAUUUGACACCUACACCGGACCAAUGCAUUUUGAGCUGAUCGCCCAAGCCAGAGCUCUGGACAACAGUUUGUUUGUGGUGUUGUGUUCCCCGGCACGUGACACUUCGCAUGAGUACGUAGCAUACGGAUACUCGACCGUUUGCGACCCUUGGGGUCGUGUGAUAUGCCGUGCAAAAGAAGUACCGGAAACGUUGAUCGCUGAUUUGGAUCUGCGGAUGUUGACGCAGGUCAAACAACAGGUACCAGUUUUAAACCAAAAGAGGAAUGAUGUUUACGAGCUGAAGGUAGGGAAGUAAGUAGCCACGAGCCUAUAAACGAACCAACGGAAUAUGUGACAUAAUAAAAUGUUGAUAUAAAUUUGUUUUUGAAAAUUAAAA